AUGGCCGCCGCAACAAGCAUGGACCGGCCGGAAGAUGUUGCAAGCAAGGUCAUGAGGAGAGUGCAGGUCUCAAAGAUGACCCGCGCACUGCAAGAUCGGCUCGCGCUCGCCAAUGUCAAGAUCCAGAACGGAUGGCAGGAUCUGAGUCUGGAUGCUAUCGAGCCACAAAUCGACGAGCGACUCAGACGAAAGCGACCCGCCUCGAGCAACGACACAAUCUCAGAUACUGCUUCGACUGCCUCCAGCCGACUACAUUCCAGCGUCGGCCUCACUUCGUCUCCAAUUACCGAGCCCAUCUUCUCCGACGACCUCCCUCGAUCAGGCGGAAGCUACAGAAGUAAGAGGAUCAAGGCUUCAGAUGUGCACUCGUUCGCCGCUUCGUCAGCUGCAACACGUCGCCGGACAAGAGGCGCCACGAAUCGCCAGGCGACGUGGAAGAAGAGGGAAGGACUUCCAGAAUCCUCUCCAAUCAAGCAGACCAAGCAUGCAAGAUUCCCCUCAGGACAACCAUCACAUCUCUCCUUCAUCUCGGAGAGCGCAUCGACCAUCGCGGAUGAUGAUCCGCCGUCGCCAGAAUUCAGCGAAGAAGACGAUGCCGAUCUUCCCAUCACCAGCUUCAGCAUCAAUGCUUCUACUCGCAUCACAUCCUCGCCUCCCAAGACUCCACCGCCUCCAAAACAUAUGAGAGGCAUACAUCAAGUCUCGUGGUCGCGCACGCCAAAGACCGGUGGAGACGAUGGCGCCGAUCUACUCAUGUAUCUGGCCGCUUCACCCUCGCCGGCCGUUCAUGCAUCCCGUGCCAAGCCCGUCAUUCACGCACCUUCUACUCCUCCGCACAAAUCAACUCCUCUCCCUUCCUCACAUAUGACUCCAGGCACUUCUGGAAAUGGCUUCCUCGGCUUCGGACCGACCACUCCGGGUACAGCCUUCAACUUUGCUGAUUUUGUGAAUGUCACUCCAAGUCCAGCGCAAGGCCCGAGACUUGACUUCAACAACCUCAUGCCCCCAACCACAAGUCCCACGAUGACCCGUACUCGCAACAAUGACGGCUUGGGUAUGGAAUUGGGCGGUGAGCUGCGGACAUGA